CGGCACUGCAUGCCUACUUACCACACCAUAUAACUUUUUAGACGAGACGCAUACCCUGAGCAAUGGCGAGCGCAUUCGCAGACAUCGUCAGCUCUUCGACGCUGGACGUCGUCGCACCCACCAAUACUCUUGGAUUUCCGUCCUCUGAUGACACCCAAUGGCUGGAAAGAGUGAAGGAGGACGUGUCUGUGGACCGCAAGCAGGUUUUCUACGACGAACGGCUUGUGUCCUUUCUCAUUCACCGUCUGGAAAGCCCGGAAUCGUCGACACCAACUAACACUCUGUCUCCAGAGUCCUCUACACCACAACCACCAGCCUUUCUACUUUCGUACCUCUCUCAUCUCCAGGUAUCUUACGAAGCCUCUUACAUUCCACAACAAUAUCCAUCAUCCCCCGGGCCACCUGGAACAGCCCAUCCAAAUCCUCCACUGACCGCACGAUCCCCCGUACCACCACUCGCGUCACCGCUUCUUUCAGCUACACGUCCAGCAUCGACAGGUCCACCUGCAUCCGCGUCACUUCACCUGUCGGCACCUCCACCACCCCGGCCAUCAUCGCUGGCCCCUCCUGUUCAAUCGUAUUCUUUACCUCCACCACAAACGCAGGGUCAUAAGGCGAGAGGACACGUACCGCCGAGCAUUGUUCCGCCUGUUACGCCACAUCCAACACCAUCAACAAGGGUCGAGGAUAGGAGAUACGCUGGGGCUAAUGUCAGGGAGCAGGGCGUGUUGCUGGUGGGUGGGAUUUGGGGCGAGGAGAGGGACGGAAGAAAGUCACUGUCCAAUGGGACAUUAUUUGAGAAGGGGCGGCCAAGCGCCGAGGAGGCGGAGCAGAAGGAAGCGUCUAGGUUCCAGCUUCUUUGGGAUGAAAAGGACGGAGUUUGGGUAGCGGUGUAUAAGUUGUGGAUAGAUGUAGCAUUUCUUCGCACCCCCUACCCACAUCCUCUUCUUUGCCUCACGGUCUCCACAACUCUACGCUCGCAUCCGGUUCACGUCACACCUGCACGAAGCCGCCUCAUGGAGUUCAUAGAAGCCAUCGGAGGGAUACCUGACUCGCUUGUGUUGAGUGCUGGAGGUGUACCAGGAUCGGAGAAGGAAGGCGAAGAACGAGAUAAGGGAGAUGGGACGUGGGGCCAUGGAUAUGGCGAAGAUAAAACCAAGAGAAGUACGUUGGAGGAAGUUAACUUGUUCGCUGGAUUGGCCGGAGAGAAAAUAGCGGGCAGCAAGAAUGGGAAACCAUUAGACCUACCUUCAACCCGUCUAGGACCACAAACCCGCCGAUCCGAGUUCGGGCUUGGACCUCCUCUGCCCAUGCCUUCUUCCGCAAACAGUUCCGCAAACUCCGCCGCUUCGACGAUCUCACCGACUGCAAUGGCCACAACGUCAACGCACACAAAUACAGUCCACCCGACCAUGCGUAAAUCGUUCAGGAAGACGCUCCAGGUUGUUUCGGGAUUCAGGGUGAGGAUGAGGACGGUGUUCGUGCCGUAUGUUUUGUUACCGGGUACUGGCGAUAGCGAGAAGAGUAAGAGGAAAAGUAAAGGAAAUGAAGGACUGGGCGGUCGUGAGGGCGAAAAUGAUGAAUUACAGGCAGGCGGGGCGGAGAGGACGGUUGUGCUUUGCAUUGAGAUUGAGAAUGGUGGAGAGGCCGGGAGUGGCUUCGGUUUUGAGGUUGAGGGGGUGGAUGUAAAGGUUGGUGGAGGAUCGGGAGCUAGUCGAGGGAGUGGGAUAAAGGGUGGAGGUGGGAGUGCUGCUGGAGGGGAGGGCGGUACGAGGGUUAGGCUGAUUGAGUGGGAUCGAACGUCCGUUGGAGACGGAGACGAGGUAAAGGGAGCAUUCCCGUUGCGAGUGGGGAGUAUGGAGCAGUUCAAUUUGCUGUAUGCAGUGGAGUUCCUGGAGGAUUUCGGCGGAGAUGGGGAUAUGCUAGCUGGUAGAGACGCGAAAGGGAUGGUAGAGAUGGAAUUGCAGCGGGCGGUGGUCAUAAAUGUGCUCGGAAAGCCAUACCACGUCGUCGGAGUCGACGAAGGGUUCAGUGAGGACGGAGACGAGGAGAAAGGCAAGUUUACAUAUCCCACAGACUCGUUCAACUCAAGAUGGAACUGCGUCCUCGACCUCUCACCGAAACGGAAUCGCGACUCGUUGUCUGUGGCACAUACGUCCUACGCUACCGAUGCCGAUGGACAACCCUUAUUCGAUGGACCUCCGUCUGGUCUCAACAACCGUGAAGCUCUCCCUGAACCUGCUUCCCCUUUCCCUACCGCUACCUCUCGUGCACGUUCACACAUGUACAGUCCCGGUCCCACUCCGCUGAGGACCUCGUCCUUAACCCCGACCGUCUCGUUGGCUAACUCUGUGGCGGGUAGCAAGAGGCAUACGAUGCCUAUUGUUGGAGGCCCGGCUCGCCGACCUCCAAUGAAUUAUCGAUCUUCGACGUCUCUUCUAAAUCCUGCCAACGCAAUUGUCUCGAGUUCGGGGCCGUCUACUCCGAUGGGGACGGGAUCGACACCGACAUUACGGGACUCACCAUCGACCUCUGUAACUUCUUCACAUUCUCCCUCGUCAUACUUCAGUCCUUACCCCGGCGGAGCACACGGAUCUGGCUUUGCAGCAUCGACACCCGGAAUUGGACCUUCACCACUCUCUAAAGUCGCGUAUACACCCACUCCACCGUCCCUAGCUGUCCAAACGUACAUUAGACCUCCGGGCACACCGACAACGACAUUCGCUCCCCCACCUCCUCCUACCCCGCUACUCACCAAUGCCUUCGGUAGUGUUAUACCUCCGCCAAAACCAAUCGCAGAGGUAUUCACGGAUGAACAGGAGGCGAUCGCCAUCGCUUCUGGGAUGGGCGGUGGUGGUGUACCACCGACACCUGCAUAUCCUGCGUACCCGAAUUCACCAUUUCCGAGUACCCCGAGAGCUAUGGACCCUGUCGCUGGAUGGGGCGCUGGUGCUGGCGCUAGUGCAGGAGGUGUGCCCAAUAGUGUGGAUAUUCCGAGGUCGAGAGGCGUGGGAGGUCUUGCGCCUGCUGCAAUGAUCAAUAUGCCUGGAACGCCUGGACCGAGGGUUGGGGCUGGGUAUGCUGGUGGCUUCCGAGACAGCGGGAUAGGUUUCGGAAGUGGAAGCGGAAGUAGAGACGAAGAUGGUGAAAAGAUUGUGGUUUCGAUUGGACUUGUUCAUGAGGGAGGGGAACAGAGCAAAAUAUACCCACACGACGAAUUCACGCUCGACGUUUUCGUGUUCAAUCAGAGUUCGUGGACUAGACGGUUCGAGGUCAGUUGUCCAGGGCCGGAGAGAAGGAGGAGGAAGCUAGUCCAGUCGAAUAUUAUGAAAGUAGGAGGAGAUGCUGGAGACGGGAUUGUACCAUUGGAUAAUCGGAUCCGGGUUGGACCGCUGAAACCCGCGACGUGUCAGAGCGUGAGGAUGGGUUUUAUGGCGUUAGCGCCGGGUGUGCAUAGGAUCGACACAGUCACAUUGCUGGAUGUUGAGACGGGGUAUUCCAUGAACCUGCGGUCUGUGAUGGAUAUCGUCGUUCAUGAGGUUCCCGUCCAGACUUGAUGCGUUGUUAUAUGUUUGCUCUUGCGUUCGCCGGCAGGUACUACGUCCAAGCCAAGUGCUUUGCACAGGUUCUAUCAACCAGACUGUCUGCCAUUGAGAUAUUAUCCCCACUCUGGCAGAGCUCCUCAAGGGCUGAACAUCGCACACUCCUCUCAUCCUCGAAAUGACCAAAUAUGUACGUCUCCGUAAGUUACCAUACUUUGGUAGUUGCCUGCAGUAGGUUGCCUUCCUUUCACGGUCUCUGGCACGGUUUUAUUCACUUGCCUUUGAC